GAUGGCUGAUUUCUUGGUUAUGACUCACAUCAGUGCUUUGAAUUGACUCAUGUCAAUGUCAAUCAUGUGAAUAGACAGCGAAGCGCUUGGUUUACUUUCUCUGCACCUACGAAUUUUUGUUUGGGUUUCGAAAACAAUCAGACGAGAAGAUGCAACUGCAAAUUCUCCAAAUUGAAGUUGCCCAUUUGGAUCUUCCUUAACGAUCUCAUUUCGCCCUAUCUAGCUUGUGGCUAAGCACACUGGCUGGGGCUAACUACAAAAUGAUUCUGUUUAACCAGCAAUGAUUGUAAUGGUUCAGCUUCGCCAGACAAUUGCGAAUGAAACUAGCGCUGGGUCAGAGAACAGGGACACUGUUGGACGAUGAACGCAUCGGUUGAGGAGUCUUGGACGACCUUUUGGGAAAGUUCGGAGUCUGAACAGGACGCGGUUAGCAACGAUGUAGAUCCACAGGGCACUAGGAACGGUAAAGCCAGAUUAGGCAGCAUGGCCAACGCAAUUAGCCCAAUGCGCUCACUGCUGAAGAUUCAGUGCAUUAUAUGCAAAGAGGCCAUUUUCGUCGACAACUUCUCUGAACACAUAGACUCUUGCGGUCGAAACAAUCGAGAGACGCAAGAAAUGAUGAAAGGCAGUUUGGAGAGGAUUUUGCGUAAUUUCACUCCCGUUGUGCAGAGAAAACGCAAGAAAUCUGCAUCCGAAGCAGCAAACGACAUCUACAAUGUGAAGAGCCUUAGAAGUGGGGACGUUUCAUUAGAUCCUAAUCGACGGUAUGAGAACGUGCGAAGAGGCAGAUCCAAGACUCUGUUGUUGAAUAGUAGUGAAAAAGACUACGAUUCAUCCCAAGAUAGUUGUGGUCCAUGGCGAGUGACUGAAGAAAAGAUGGCAUCCAAUCCAGAGCGACCUCCUAGGCUUAUCAACACAGAUGUAACUACAGCAGAUAACUCGCUUCUGCUGAAAAACAGCACGUUUUCCUGCUCGCUCUGCUCGUACACUACUUUCAAGAAAGCACGCCUGCAGAAACACGAAAGCUUACAUCGCGUAAGACAGGCCAAAGUCCUGCAAUGCUUUUACUGCAGUCAACGAUACACGAGUGGUGCGCUUGUGGUACAUAUCCGAGAAGUACAUCCCGGCCUGGAGUUUCGCUUCAGAAAUAUUGAAGGCGCCGAGGUGACGCGAUUGGCAUGCACGAACUGCCCUUACAAAUGUCUGUUGAAGGUCCAACUGAAGAACCACAUGAGGAGAGAGCACAGCGCAAAAACCGCAGAUACGCGGAAAAAAAUCCUCAGGAAACUGACCAUUGUGCUGAAGAGGGAGAAUUUGGAGGCUGUGAAACGUCGUCUAGAUCAGCUUCGAAACGUUGACAAUGCCGGAAUCGCAUCGCCUCAGAGCCCCAGUCCAACCACAUCAGAUGGAGAAAGUUCCUUCGAGUGUUCCAAGUGUUCUUUUGCUUGUUCCAGUAAUAGUAAAUUUUGCUCCCAUGAAGAGACGCAUGAUUGCAAAACAAGUGAGUCCACAGUGGUCUCCCCGCGACAGACGCCAAAUAAUGUUAAAGGCACAGUAAAACUUCCGUGCACAAUGUGUUCAGGUGAGUUCAGCUCAACGUCUUGCCUGAAUAUUCACAUGCGGACACAUUUACGUAACCAGCCUAUACAGAAGUGCUCUCAAUGCACAUUUCAAUCGUCUAGUCGUUGCCUGCUGAGACAUAUCAGAGCGAGUGGACACUAUAGUGGGCGCUGGCAGACCAGGAUUUUACUCAAAAAGGUCAGAAAAGAAUCCAAGUUGGAUGCUGAUGAGCACAGCACCCCUAUUGACGAAACUCAAAGCGCCAGCUGUUUCAUCAGAAAAGAACCUAUUAAAAGUGGUGAAGGCUCUAAUGGGUUUUUGAGCGAAAGCUCGACAAGCACAGUCUCCCCCAAGGCCACUGAAGAAGACUGCACAUCCCCAGCUCGCCCAGAAACCACUUACUUAAACUUAAAGGAAGAGUAUGCAGACAUAGCAUUUGGAAGCGAUGAUUCGGAAGCAUUACAUGGCGACGAUGAAGACGAGCAGCUCCUGAUGAAAUGCACCCUUUGUUCGUUUGUUUGCACGAAGGCACACAUGUACAAGCGCCACUUGGACAAUCACAUACGGCUGAGUAUGCCGAUUUUGAAGUGCCAAUUCUGCAAAUUCACCGGCACCAAGUACGGGUUUAGGGGCCAUCAAAGCCGAUGCGCCGGCUACAGAACAGCCGACUGUGCCUGGAAAGCUCCGCAAGAAAUUCUGCUGACUUGUUCCGGAUGUGCAUUUAGUACUAAUUCACCCGGGGAGUUGAACGCUCACACACAGAACUGCAUGGACAAAAACAAGCUUCUGGGCCAGUGACUCAGUCCAGGCCAAAGACAGUGGGGUUGUGGCUGUAUUGACAAUUUUGUCAUAGGUUUAUAUACAUUCGUUAUUAAGUUUCGCAAUAUAAUAGAUGUUGGCAACUGGCAUAUAAAUGGUAUGGUAUUUUA